CUGGUGUAGAGACGAGCAACAUAGUGUGGUCUCUAUGUUUGUGGUCAUUCCUGCAUUUAUAGCUUUCUACUUAUUUGUUUAUCGCACGACUAACUACAUUUUGUAAAUUUUUUCGUGUCAGGAUAAACUCGCCUCGGUGAACUGAAGCUUUUCAGGCUAGCUUAGCUCACUAGUUAGCUUAGCUCACUAGUUAGCUUAGCGUGCUAGCCGCGGAAGUUGUCAACACAUCGCUAAUCAGAGAAAAUGUGUAAUGUACAAAUGUUGAGAGUGUUGGUGAAUCAGCGACUAAAUGAGGCUGUGGAAGAAAUAUUUGUAGUGUUGGAAAGAACGAUAGCAGAGUACGAAGAUGAACUUUCCCGAACAAAAGAGGAGAAGGAGCGACAACGUCAACUACUGGACGCUGUUUUCAAGAAGCUGCCGAGAACAGACGGCUUUGAAGAAAAUCUUCCUGAGCAGCAGGAGUGGUCUUCCAGGAUGGAGCAGGAAGAGGCACAGCCAGCGCAAACUAAGGAGGAUGAGGAGUACCCACAACUUAAAGAGGACAUUGAGGAGCCACACCUCAUUCACAUUAAAGAGGAAGAUGAGGAGCCAAUGCCCCAGCAUAUUAAGGGAGAAGGGGAGGAGCCACAAUCCCAGCAAAUUAAAGAAGAAGAUGAUGAGCCACAGCACCCUCACAUUAAAGAGGAGGAAGAUGAGGUGCCAGAUUCCCCUAUGUCAAAGACAAAAAGUCACAGCCCAUCUACCUUAAAAAUUAAGAGGAUGAGCCACAAACCCCCUCAAAAUAAAGAAGAGGAGGAACACAGCAUGAGUCAAGACGAAGAGCAUCUUGAAGGACUGGAGGAGGUUGAUGUCACCAAGAUGCCAUUGACCGUUGUCAUUGUGAAGAGUGAAGAUGAUGAGGGUGAAGGUGAGGAGAAGGGAGAGGCGGAGCCUCCAACUCCACACAUGACAACAGAAGCUGAUGGAGACCACUGUGGAGGAUCACAAGCAGACAAGCUCUUCGCUCCACUAUCAGAUAGUGACGACAUAACGUCACACUCUCUUGAUACUGAUGAUGAAGAAGAUGAUGACACUGAUGAUGAAGACUCUAAAGCUGACAUGACAUGUCACUCUGACAACAAACACUUGAAGUGCUCUUACUGUGACAAAACGUUUAAUCACCGUGGUCAUCUGAAAACACACACGAGAACGCACACUGGAGAAAAACCAUUCAGGUGCUCAGUUUGCAGUAAAAGCUUCUCACGAAAGGCAAGUUUGAAAAUACACACAAGAAUACACACGGGAGAAAAACCAUUCCUGUGCUCAGUUUGUAGUAAAAGAUUCCCUCUAAAGCAACAUUUGAAAGUACACAUGAGAAUGCACACUGGAGAAAAACCAUUCCUGUGUUCAGUUUGUAAUAAAAGAUUCCCUCUCAAGCAACACUUGACGGGACACAUGAGAAUGCACACUGGGGAAAAACCUUUCAUCUGUUCGGUUUGUGGGAAAGGUUUCGUGCGGAAAUUCGAUUUGAAAUUACACACAAAAAUCCACGCCGGAAACAAACCUUUCAAAUGUUCGGUCUGCGGCAAAGGUUUUAUACAAAACAGCGAUCUGAAAUUACACAUGAGAACGCACACCGGAGACAAACCCUUCAUGUGUUUAGUUUGUAAUAAGAGAUUCACUCAGAAAGGAAAUUUAAUGACACACACGAGAACACACACCGGAGAGAAAGUGUUGAGUUGCAGUGUGUGUGAUGAAAAAUUCUCAUAUAAGUACCAGUUUAAGAAACACACGUGUGCUGGUGAGAACAGCAGCAGCAAAUGAAGAUGCAGGAUUUGAAAUAAACUGUCAAAACUUUAACUUUGACUUUCUAACAUCAGCACAUGUGACAUGUGUGACAUCAUUGUGUAGGGAACACAAUCUUGUUAAUAUGAUUUUAACAUUUAUCGAUUAGAUUUGCUAGACCACUGCUUGUAUGUGUAUGUAUGUAUGUAUGUAUAUUUAUGUACAAUUGUCCUUGAAAAGGUGCAAGCGGAAGCUUUCGUUUGACUGUGGAAAUUAAUUACGUGUCCCAUGAUGACACUGCCAAGUGGAAGCAUGUAAAUAUUAAAAACAAGAGGACCUAACAUAGAUCCUUGAGAGACACCACAUGUGAUGUGCUUGUAUCCAUACUUAGCAAGAAUAUUGUGUCUGAGUGAUAGGAAGUGAACCACUUGUGAACAGUACCAGCAGGUGUUUGAGUCUAUUUCAAAGAAUGAGGUGAUCUACUGGAUCAAAGGCGGGACUAAGAUCCAGUAGAACCAAGACUGACACUUUUUGAGGAUCAACACCCAACCUGAGAUAAUUUACUAUCUUUGUAAGUGCUGACUCUACUGUGGUUCACCUUAUAUACAGACUGGAAAGUCUCUAAAAUAUUACAUUUAUUUAAACAUUAUAUCGCUGUUUAAACACCAGUUUUUCCUCAAAUUUGACCUUAAACUGACCUUGAUACUGUUCUAUAACAGCAGUUUAUAAUAGUCUCAUCAAAUAUUGUAAAAAAUGGGUGUCAUGUGAUGUAAAAGACAUGUGAUUCCAAUUAUUAGCAGUGAAGGAGGCCGAUGAAUUAUAUUUGAAGCUGAUGUUUUUUAGUAAAACUUAACAUAUUAAAUAUUAUAGCAGACUUCAACACUUAACUAGAAUCUAUUCUAAAGACAUAUACAAAUUUGAAAAAAUAAAUAUCUCCAUGAAGUUUUGUAUCUUUGAAAUAAUUUGUAUCCAUUCCACACAGACAACUAAAUGUUUUUUAUCCCUAAAUAACGUCAACUGUGAUGGGUGAAAAUACUCUAAUACACAAGUGUUGAUAGUUGAUAUUGACAGAUGGCAACAUUGGCUAGUGGGCAGCCUGGGACGGAGUCAGCUAUCUGUUCCUGUCUGUGGCCGUGCUGCCCACCUCCAAAUCUGGCGGCCGAAGGCUUGAGGCCACUGUGGUGUGUGUGGAUGUUGAAAUGGUCUUUUGGUUUGUUUCCGUGAUGCAAUCGUAUGUGCAACAUUUAUAUUAUUUAUUGCUCAUUUUUGGGUUUGACUUUUGUAGCUGUAUGUAGAAACGGCGCUGCUGAAAUGGUAGCUGGUUGCAUCAGCUCUGUGCUCUCAAUGUAUUUUAUGUAUUGGGUUUUUUACACCUUAUUUUUGUGGACUUUUUGUAUUAGCACAGCAACCACAUAAUUUGCCUACAUCUCCCUAAUAUUGCUCAAAUAUGUCCCAUUUUGCCAACCAAUAACGCCAAGAUCAUUAU